CUGUAAGGGGGGCUAAGGCACGGAGUACUGCUGCAAGGACACACCCUUAACUGUUGUAGAUUAGGUAUUUCCCGACGUUGGAUCGUAUAACAACCUAAUUAGCAGGAAAAUGAUAUCAAGUGCACUAGAUGAAUCGUAUUGCAAAGUAGAAACUAGACAAUAGAUGGUGUCUCGUGGUGUAUCUCCGUCUCCCAUUGUAUAACGCCAAGACCCCAAGGCGGUCUGCGCCAGCUCUAUCGAUAACCGUUUUUUCCACGCCUCGAAGCAAAAUUUACCGCGCCAUUCAAUCACCGCAACAGAUUGACUAUCAAGUCAAGAAACAGUAUACGAAUAUCACCUACGUCUAUCCUACACAAUUGGUUGAUUUCGAAAGGAAACACCCCAUAUACCACCGACUACCCCGCCGCAAGUCAAUCGCAACACGUACAGCCCACUUCGCAGUAUCCAUCGCAAUGCCUUCCUCCGUCCACGAAGAUCAGGACCAGUCCAUGAUGGACGUUGCGCCCCAAGAACAAGAGCAGCAGGAGGUCCAAGAAGAUGAGGUCGAGUUGGAGGCGAAGCGUAUCGUUGUGUUACCCGGUGCCACCGAGACAGCUGCUUCGUUCCAGUUCGAGGGAGAGGGCCAUACAUUGGGUAAUUCGUUGCGGUAUUCGAUUAUGAAGAACCCCCAAGUGGAAUUCUGCGGAUACACAAUUCCCCACCCAUCAGAGACCAAGAUGAACCUGCGUAUUCAGACAACUGACGAAACCACCGCCGUUCAAGCGCUCGAAGAAGGUCUGCAAGCCCUCAUGGACCUUUGCGAUGUCGUUACGGACAAGUUCACCUCUGCCCGUGACUCUUUCAAUGCCGCCGAGGCAGAUAAGAUGUCUGCAUAGGCUGUUUUCUUUCUACUUUCUUUGUCUCUUGUGUCUUUGGCGUUUUGCAUGAAAAAGUUUUGAGAGCUUUCUUAUAUCUAUCCGUUUGGGUGGCAUGGUUAGGGAGUCGAGCCGUUUUUUUAAUGGAGUACAUAUCCGGACUUCACCUAUUCUCGAGGUCGACAAAUCAUAGAUGUCUGUUCAAAUAUAUCAAACAUUUACACAUUUACCUCGCAUCUUGCAGAUUUGA